GGUAGGACAUACCGCAGGUCCCAGCACAAGCCCUGGAACUCAACAAACGGAAUUUCGAGUUCCCGAACGAAUGAAUACUUCAGGAAAAGCCACAAUGGGUAGAGUGUUCAUGGUGUUGCUCUGGAAAGUCUACGUCUUACGUAAACGUCGCUACCUCAUCACCCUGCUAGAAUUGGUCGUACCGAUCUUUUUGUUCUGGUUUCUAAUACGCAUAAAUAACGCAAUACCAAAACAAGACGAUCAAAUAUCCUAUAGCCCUUGGCAAAAAUAUAAGCCCUAUAGUGAUUUUGUUAAUGGGAAUUUCAAAAUAGCGUAUACACCAUCUACUGCGAUCACUGAUGAAUAUAUGAGUAUAGUAAUCAGCAAAAUACGAGGAGAAGUUACCAUCGUUAAAAAAGACAGUGAAGAUGAAGUUGUAGAUUGGUUGAGGCAGUCAUACAUCAAUGAAACACUUCAGUUCAACAGUUCUGAGGGGUAUGUCAGUCAUACUCCUGGGGUAGGAGUGAUUUUUAAUCUUGACAAUCCAAAAAGUUUUACAUACACUCUUCGAACGAGCACAGGAGACCUCCAAACUUCUCAGGACUCACUUUAUGGCGACAAAUACAAUGGUUACAGUUCAUAUUACGAGUCUGGGUUUCUGGGUUUUCAAAGUGGAUUAGAUAGAGCUUAUCUUUCUAAAAACAACAUCAAUGCUACACUGUACAAUGUAGUUAUAGACGGACUUCCAGAAAAAUCAACCUUUGAUUUCUUGCAAAUAUUGCUUCCAAUCUUCAUCAUGGUAUGCUUCAACUUUACAAAGCCAUCGUUGCUGCGGGGAAUCAUAGAGGAGAAAUCAUCUGGAAUCAAGGAACUGAUGUUGAUCAUGGGGUUGAAGUCUUGUGUCAACUGGGUCGGAUGGAUGAUCUACGCCUUAACCGUCUACAUCCCUGUAACGCUGGUCAUAGCUUGGAUGAUGACGACGGAUUUUGGUGCUGGUCCAGUAGUCGACGCCAACGUCGUAGCUGUUUGGGUCUUGUUUUUACUCUUCGCUUUAGGAUUCAUCAUGCUCAUAUUUGCGAUCAGUACAUUUUUCACCAAUGGUACUCUGGCUAUAGUCAGUGCUCUAAUACUGUGGUGGGUCGUGUCGGUGUUGAUGCUUGUGUACUUCUUCAACACCCCAGACCAAUACCCUCUCUGGCUGAACCUCGUGUUCUGCUUGUGGCCUUCAGCGGGUCUUCAGUGGAGUCUUAACACCAUCAAAAACUUCAACAAAAAUGGUCACACCUGGACAUUGGCAGACCUGUUUGAUGAUGGAGCUGGAGGAGGCAGAGUGUCUGUGGGGUUGGCAGCACUGAUGUUCCUAGUACAGAUAGUGUUAUAUACCUUUAUCACAUGGUACAUGGAUAAUGUCAAACCUGGACCUUACGGCAGAGCCAAGUCUCUGCUAUUCAUUUUUCAGUGUUUUAAGAAAAACGACUAUGAUUCAAACUCAUCACAAGCGAGAAGGAAUCAGAGAAAUUAUGAAGAGCCACCUAAUGGUGUUAAGAUUGGUAUCAAAAUCCAGAACCUCCGCAAAACAUUUAACAACAAAGUUUUUGCUGUAAAAAAUGUGGAUCUGGACAUUUACGAAGGCAACAUAACUGCUCUAUUGGGGCAUAAUGGCGCUGGGAAAACUACCACAAUGUCAAUGAUUGCAGGUUUCUUCUCGCCAUCGGGAGGUCAAGUGAUAGUCAAGGGGCGCAACAUAUUUGACAACAUGGACGACUUCCGCAGCAAUCUCGGUAUUUGUCCUCAGCACAAUCUGCUCUUCCAAUUCUUCACUGUGCUUGAGCAUCUCGUCUUCUUUGGAAUGCUGAAAGGGCUGCCGAACAGUAAAGCUGAGAGGGACGGCCUUCAGUUACUGAGGACAUUCAAGAUUGAUGCGAAGAAAAACGACUUGGUGUCAAAACUGUCUGGAGGGAUGAAGAGAAAACUGUGUCUAUGUAUUGCUCUGAUGGGAGACCCUGAGAUUUUGAUGUUAGAUGAACCCACAUCAGGCUUGGAUCCAGAAUCAAGGAGACAAGUUUGGGAUAUAUUGUUGGGUUUCAGAGAGCAAAGAACAACAAUAAUCACGACUCAUUUCAUGGAGGAAGCAGAUGUUUUAGGGGACAGAAUAGCCAUUAUGGAUCAUGGACAAGUCAGCUGUUACGGUACUACAAUGUUUCUCAAGAAACUCUACGGCACUGGUUAUCAUCUCAACAUAUCAAAACUGGAGACUGCUCAAGUGUCUCCCAUUACAAGAGUGAUAGAACAAUACGUGACCAGUGCCUCGAUGAAGGUGUCGUCGCCAUCACAGCUGAGUUUCAACAUAAAAUCUAACGAGUCGCCACAGUUCCCCGCGUUGUUCUCAGCUCUAGACAGCUGGAGAAUGGAAUUGGGCCUGACAGCAGUUAGCAUCAGCUGUACAACAAUGGAGGACGUCUUUCUCAGAGUUGCUGAAGAAGAGCCAGAUAACCAGAUGGAGUCAAAUGUCCAGACUAAUGGGGGACAAGCCCACAAAUACAAAAAGUUAUCUGGAUUGGGACUUAUGUGGCAACAGCUUAAAGCACUAGUUGUCAAAAGGAUGUUGGCCAGGCUUAGAAGUUGGAUAAGCACAUUGAUUGUCAUUAUAAUCCCAGUCCUGCUAACGGCUUUGACGAUCAGAAUGACUAUGAAGACAAAUCAUUCUCCGGUGCAACCUUCCCUUCGGAUCAGCUUGAACUCUUUCCCUCAAGUCCAUGUUGCUGCCUCCUCUGAAAGCCCGGCAAUAGGGUCCGCACUUCAACAGAUUGUUACGUCUGGUGGUGGUGUCUAUGAAGCUAUUCCCAACAACGUAGACUUUAACGAUUAUUUAAUCCAGCAAAUAAAGAAAAACUUAGUACAGUAUGAAAGACAGAUGAUAGCUGCAUUCAAGUACAACAGCAGUACGUUUUACGGUGGUUACGGUUCCAUGUUUGUACACUCUUCUUCCCUGGUUCUCAAUAUGAUCGCCAAUACUCUUCUACAAGUGAAUAACGCCAGCUCUAGUAUCACAACUUACAACCAUCCAAUUGUGAUUGAGAAUGGGGAAAAUGUUUGCGACUUGGCCAAUAGUUCUGUACUACUGAUAAUGCAGUUUCCAAGCUACGUAAUCUUACUCUCUCUUGGUUUACUGGUUGUUACAAUGAGUUUCAUCUCAUUUCCACUAAACGAGAGAGUGUCAAACUCCAAACAACUUCAGCUCAUGAGCGGAGUGUCGCCACUUCUCUAUUGGAUGGUGAAUGUCGUAUCAGAUUACAUCAUUUACUUGAUAACGAUGUUACUCUGCAUAGCCAUGGUGUGCGUGUUUCAAAAAAUGGACAUUUACACGUCUUCUGGAUACAUGGGAACGUUGAUCGGUGUGUUUGCAUUGUAUGGUAUCAGCGGAAUAACAUUUGCACAUUUCUUCAGCUUCCUAGUCAGUAGCUCUAUCAAAGCUUCAGCAAUAUUUACUGUUCUCAACCUAAUAACAGGAGUAUUUGCUGCUGUGUUCCUGAUUAUCUAUGGAUUGAUUAAUUCUGAUUUUGAAAUCUACAGAUAUAUUUUGAGCUUUAACCCUGCAUUUGCUAUGACUUUUGCACUUUCAAAUUUACUGUCUGCAAUGUACAUAGACGGAACCUGCAAUCAAUGUGGUUCUACGUGCAACAGUGUUGACCCUCUUCAAUAUUACCAAGCUGGGAAAGAGAGAGGAAACGGCCCUUUUAUUUUCAAUUUGGGAGUGUUGGAUUCUAUAAUUUUUUUGGCUGUUGAUGCUGUACUGUACUUCCUUGUAGUAAUGAUUAUUGAAUAUGGCGUCAUGAAGAAACUGUGGUUUUUCAUCUCUAAACUUUGGAUUAAAAUGGAUUAUGAAAUGUUAGAAGAAGACAGUGACGUUCGGAUUGAAAAGGAGAGAGUACUAUCAUCAAUGAGCGUCAGAGGCUACACCCAGAAUACUUCAGUUUUAUGUGUGAGUGGCUUAGGAAAGAAGUACAACCGAAAAUCAACUGCAGUUCAUGGAGUAUCUUUCCAGGUAGGACUAGGGGAUUGUUUUGGGUUGUUGGGAGUAAACGGAGCUGGAAAAACCACCACAUUCAAGAUGUUGACGGGUGAAGAGGUUCCCAGCAAAGGAGACGCAAACGUCCAUCAGUUUCGCUUGAGCAGGCAAAAAUCUAAGUUUCUGUCUCUGAUCGGCUACUGCCCGCAAUUUGAUGCUAUCAACCCAAUGUUAACGGGCAGAGAAAUGCUGAUUGUUUACGCAAGACUCAGGGGGAUCCCUUCUUCUCAACAAAACUACGAAGUUUCCAAAUGGAUUCAGAUGAUGGGUCUGAAGGAUUACGCGGACAGACCCUGCGGCACCUUCAGUGGGGGCAACAAGCGCAAGUUAAGCACCGCCAUUGCGUUCAUCGGGUCACCUCCCGUCGUUUUCCUGGAUGAACCCACCUCCGGAGUAGACCCGGUUUCCCGCAGGAGGUUGUGGGACAUUGUGGCAGAGUGUCAGAAGACGGGACAGGCUAUCGUGCUCACAUCCCACAGCAUGGAAGAAUGUGAGGCUCUAUGUUCCCGAUUGACCAUCAUGGUGGCCGGUCAGAUGAAGUGUAUCGGCAGCACACAAUACCUCAAGCAGAAGUUUGGCCAAGGACACACAAUAAAGAUAAAACUCUUCUCCUCGUCCCGUAUAGAGAACGCUGUCACUCGACUGAAAUUAGACAUGGCAAAUCGAUUCAGAGAGUGUUCAGUCAAAGAUGAACAUUGGGGACUACUUCACUAUCACAUCAAAGACCCUUCAGUUAGACUCUCCGAGCUGUUCACAAAGAUGGAGUACCUGAAGAGAACACACGACAUCAUAGAAGACUACGUAGUCAGUGAUACCACCUUGGAGCAAGUGUUUAUGUCAUUUGCUCAGCAAAGUAGUACAACCUCCACGUCUUAGCUUAAGUAUUCCUUCGUAAAUAAAAUAAUAAAGUAGACUUCCUCUCAUUCUAACACACUGAGAUUAGACCAUUGUAUGGUAAAAAAACUAAAAUAUAACCAAAGAAAACUAAAAGUAAUGUUUUUCUGAUAACAUAUAACAAAUGUUUAAACAAAAACGAAAUUUGCAAAACACCAUUGAUAUUCACAAAAUAAACACAAUGAAAUCCUUCAACUCAAAUAAAUUUUAAGUUUUGCAAAGUACCUACCUGUACAUGAAAUUGGAAAGAGAAUACAGUAGAACCUCGAUACGAAGACCCUCGAUAACAAGACACCCUUUAUAACAAGGGUAAUUUUCAAAUACCCUUGAAAUUAUUUUACCCCUAAUCAUAUGUUAUUGCAAACCUCGAUAAGAAGUCAACCUUGAUAAAAAGUCUUAUUUUAUGAUCCCUGUGAGAGUCUUGUUAUCAAGGUUCUACAGUAAAUAUAAUCUGUUAAUCUCACAAAAGUAUAAAUAAAUUAAACCGACUUAUUGAAGCAUGUUAAUUUACUUAAAUCAGAUCAUUGGCGCAAAUGUUUAGCAAUUUUAACAAAACAUGAAUAGGGUACUAAAACACUCAUUAAAACAAAUUAUAAAACAAAAACAUUUGUACCAUCAGUAGAAGUAAAUUCAAAAAUAAAAUUGAUACAUAUAAAACCACAGAUUAUCUUAGUUACUUGUAAUUGUAAAGUUCAUACAUUUUGCUUGAUAAAAUAUUGUAUCAUUAUAAACACCAAACCGUGCUAGACGAGCAGAUUGAUAAAAAAAAACUUUA